GAGAAAACUAGUGUCACAAUACGAGAGCGUUUGUGCUUCUGUGUGUAGCUAACGGUGUGCGUUGCGUCCGUGCCACGGUUACUGAACGCGCGGCUCUCCCACAGCUAAAAGCGUGCGCGAGAUUGCGUAAAGGCGUCGAAAAUUGAUGAAACCAACAGCUAACCAAACCAGACCGUGGACCGUGAGCGUGUAUGUGGCGGGCCGUUGUUUGUGCGAAGCGUUUGUGAGCCGAAAACAGUAAAUCCCGCGGACGCCGCGAUCGCCGAUCCGUGUGUUUGCCGUUUGACAGACAGAAUUGUGCGUCCGAGCAGCCGGUCCGGUAUCCCGUCGUUGCAGUCGUUGUCGUUCCCUACUAAACCCCGAUGCUCACCACCACCAUCAGGCACCGGCGAAAAACAAUGAGUCCUCUUCACCUUCUGAUCGCCCUGUGCUCGUGUUACGGUCUCGCGGCGCCCGCCUUAGCCCAGCACAUCGAGACCGUCCCGUCAUCGAUGACGUACUACAAGCCGCGAGAGAAGAACGUCGAUUUGCUGUGCCGAUCUGACAAACCGAUCGAACGGUGCCACGUCCGGUUACCCGGCUUCCCCGAUAGCCCUCCGGAAGGAUUCGAUGUGACCGCGCUUCCCGAUGGUGUCAGCUACUACGGCGAAGGUCUCGCCCGCGGCGAGUGUGGCGUCCGUUUGGCAUCGGUACGAGCCGACCGGAUAGGAAAGUUCGUCUGCCUGCUGACGAUCGGUGGCCAGCAGCACGAGGCGGCCAUCGAGUACGGUAUCCGGAUUGCGCCGCAACCGACGGGGCUAAAGAUCUCCAAACAAACCGACCUCGUGGACGGUGGGAUUCGUGCGAAUCAGCUCGUGAAGGCACGGUGCGUGUCACGCCAGGGACUGCCGGCAGCGAAUCUGACCUGGUUCCUGGACGACAGCCCGCUCGAUGCGUCACUGUUGAAACCACUCGAGAUCACCCAGGAGCUGGUGAACGAUCAGCUACUGCAGACGGUUCAGCAGGAUGUGCACAUCUUCGUGACGCCGAAAGACAACGGCAAGAUGCUGGUCUGCGAAGCGCAACACUACGCCCUGCCCAAGAACGUCCAGCGCAUCCUGCUGCCACUGAACGUGAAGUUUGCACCGGAAGAAAUUCCUCACAUCCACAUCGACGAGCUGCCGGCGACCGGAAGUGCCUCGGUCAACAUCACGAUCCACGCCAAUCCCCAGCCCACGACACGCUGGAAGGUGAACGGGCGUCUGGUGAAGGAAGGCGAAACGGUUGACAUCUACCAGGCGUACAUCCCACGGCAAACAGGCGCCGGCGAGUAUAUGGUGCUGCUGAAGAACAACGACUGCUCCCAGGAACGGGCGUCACUGUUUACGCUCGAGGCCUCGAAUGCGCUCGGCACGCAAAGCUACGUCAUCCGGGCGCUGAAGAUGGACGAGGAGGGUGUGCCGGUGGAUAACCGUGUCCGGGACGACGACGACGACAGCAGCGGCGCCACCUUCUGGCUGAUCAGCGUGUGGACAUUCUUCUGCUCUGUGAUAGCGACACGUCUGUUGUGAAUCCAAUUGUCCUAACCCAGGGGGCUGUAUCCUGGGGCUUUCGGGGAGCCGCAGCUUUGAGAAUGCUUUCAAACUCCUGUCCAGCCCACCAAGGGGUUAAGGGUUGUUGGUGGGUUGGUUGGCUGGGCUUUUCGGUUUUGAAAGUAUUCUCAAAACGGACCUCCCGCGGGGCGCCCCGGGUGUGUGUGUAAAUGGGUUCCAAGCUGUACAAUCAUGCGAUCCUUCUUCCUUCGUGUCAUAGUUCCUCCACCGAAAGUAUUGAAAAUCAGCCCUCGAAAUGUGGCAAUGUGAACGGGAAAGGAUAAAACUCGCAGCGCCAGGCAUUCAGAUUUCAGAUUGGGAUUAGAGUCCCCGAAAAGUGCUUAACCAAAUUUCUUUACCAUUUCUUUAGAGUAAUCGCUGCCCGCGGUGUAGCGAUGAGCGUGUACAGUGAAAAAAAAAAAGAAAGUAAACAAUGAAAAAUGAACAAUUGGCAAAAAGUGAUGACGACGACGAUGGAUAUAUCGAUGUGAGCGCAUUUAGGAGAGCAGAGAGAGAGAGAGGGAGAGCGAUCGGAAGCCUGUAAGGCGCGGCCAAUGUAUUACAAUAUUUAUUUAUUUCGUAUUAACUCUCUACGAGGUAACUGAUGAUGCUUUAACAAGUACGAUAGUGAGUAAUGAGCCAGAUUAGUGUUUUAUUGUGCCCGCCUAAGAUAUGCCCGUGCAAAUAUAGUACAAGACGAUG